GCUACGUUUUAAGUUGUAAUUACAUUUGUGUUCUACUCCCAAAUACCAACUGGAAAAUGAACAAGCAACGGCAGCUUUUACUCUCCAUUGGGGUGCUUUUCCACUUAUUCUAUAUGUGGUCGAUUUUUGACAUUUACUUUGUCUCCCCAUUGGUGCACGGAAUGGACCAGCAUGUUUCCAAUGAUGAGCCUCCCGCAAAACGAUUGGUUUUGAUUGUGGGUGAUGGGUUGAGAGCCGACAAGACGUUUCAGAAACUCCACCAUCCUAAAACCGGCGAGUACAAGUACAUGGCUCCGUAUUUACGAGAUAUUGUCCUCAAUAAAGGAAGAUGGGGCAUCUCCAACACCAGAAUGCCUACUGAGUCCCGACCAGGGCAUGUGGCGUUGAUCCUGGGAUUCUACGAAGAUGUUAGUGCUGUCACAAAAGGAUGGAAAGAAAACCCAGUGGAUUUCGACUCAUUUUUCAACCAAAGUACUCACACUUAUUCUUUUGGUUCCCCAGAUAUUCUUCCCAUCUUUUCGAUAGGAGAUGUGGUACCGGGAAGAAUUGACUGUCAUAUGUAUGGCCACGAGUUUGAAGACUUCACAUCCAACAGUAUCGAUUUGGACUCCUAUGUGUUCAAGCAUUUCAACGAGUUAUUGGAUAACCUGACCACAAACAGCACUUUGGACCAGGAAUUAAGAAAGGAUGGAAACGUGUUUUUCUUGCACUUGUUGGGCUUAGACACCGCUGGACACGCUUACAGACCAUACUCUGCUGAGUACUAUGACAAUUUGCAGUACGUGGAUGCUCAGUUGUCACAGUUGGUUCCCAAAAUCAACGAAUUUUUCAACGACGAUAAAACUGCUUUUGUGUUUACUGCUGACCACGGAAUGUCCGACUUUGGUUCUCACGGAGACGGUCAUCCGGACAACACCCGUACACCUUUGGUGACAUGGGGAGCUGGAGUUAAGAAACCGGAAAUAGCAUCUGCCGAUGAUUUGGUAGCCCAAGAUCCAGUCAAAAGUGGAUACGAACCUGAGUACUUUGAUACGUGGGAGUUUGAGCAUUUGGUGAGAAAUGAUGUGAAACAAGCCGAUAUCUCUCCGCUAAUGGCAUAUUUGAUCGGUACAAACUAUCCUAAGAACUCGGUUGGUGAGUUACCGUUGGAUCUACUUUCUGACCCUACUAUUCUUAAGAUUAAAGGGUUAUACAGGAACGCAUUAGGAUUGAUUGAGCAAUACCACGUCAAAGAGAGAGAGGUGUACAACCACCAGUUCAAAUUCAAGCCCUACAAAUACUUUGAAGAACAUAAGAUAGAAGAAUACAGAGCUGAGAUCGAGCAGUUGAUUUUGCAGUUAGAAAAUGAUGGUGAAGAUGAAACAAUAGAAUUGAAGGUAGUCGCUUUGUGUAAGGAAUUGAGUACUCAGGUGUUGAUAGGGUUGAACUACUUACAAACCUAUAACUGGGUGUUUUUGAGAACAAUGGUAUCUUUGGGAUUCUUGGGUUGGAUUGUGUUUUCGUUUAUCAUUUUUUUGAAACUAUUUAUUCUCAAGGAAAGUAUUCAGGAACAGGCCCAUGUGUCUUACAACAUAGUGUUUGGUCUUGUUUCAACUGGGAUUCUCUACAUGUUGUACUACCAACACUCGCCUUUCAAUUACUACAUGUACUCUACUUUCCCAUUGUAUUUCUGGUACAAUAUUUUGAUCAACAAGAGAAAUCUCGUUACGGGGUUGGAUGACCUUCUCAAGAACAUGAAUUUCUUCACCAAGAACUUGAUCCUUGUUUCCUUCAUUGGAAUGUAUGAAAGUAUCGUCUAUGGUUUCUUCAAUAGAAUCAUUUUCUCGGUUUUGUUCGUAUUGAUAGGAGCUUAUCCAUUCUUCUUCAAGAUUGACUUCAAAUUGAAAGCUCUUUGGUUCGUGACCUGUUGUGGCAUGACUGUGUUCACAAACUUAAGUCCCAUCAAGACCGAGGACUUGUUCCAAAUCAACAUUGGUGGAAUCCUCUCCUUGAUCAUUGGAUUUAUUGGAUUUAGAUACUUGAAUUCUAAGUUUGUCAUUGACUCUUACAUCAAGCAAUUGAUUGCCUGGCAAAGUGUGUGUGUUGUGGUGAUGUUAGCAAGUGCCAAUGUGGCAAUUUCUUCUUUACAGAACCGUACGGGGUUACCAUUAGCAAGUCAGGUUACCAGUUGGAUCACAUUUGUCGUCUCAUUGGUGGUGAUUCCUGCUCUAUUUGCCAUCAAACCUACCUCAAACUACGAAGUUAGGCUCCUAGUGAUAUUCUUGGCGUUUGUUCCUACAUUUAUAAUCUUGACCAUCUCGUUUGAGUUGUUAUUUUACAUCGGAUACUCGGUUAUUUUACUCGAAUGGCUUGUUAUCGAGAAAGAACUAAAGGCUUCCAGAACCAGCCAGUGGGGCCAAAGUAUUAGAGUCACCAUCAUUGGCUUUUUCUACUUGCAAUUGGCAUUCUUUGGAACUGGAAACAUUGCAUCCAUUUCUUCCUUCUCUUUGGAUUCGGUAUACAGAUUGAUUCCCGUGUUCGAUCCUUUCCCCAUGGGAGCAUUGCUUAUGGUCAAGUUGAUCAUCCCAUACAUUUUACUUUCCACUUGUUUGGGAAUAAUGAACUACCAGUUAGAUAUUGAAAAGUUCACGAUUUCCACCUUAAUCAUCAGUACCAGUGACAUUUUAUCGUUGAACUUCUUCUUUUUGGUCAAAACAGAAGGUAGUUGGUUGGACAUAGGAACCACCAUUUCGAAUUACGUGUUGGCGAUGUUAAGCUCGUUGUUUAUGUUAAUUCUAGAGCUCGUGAGCUCGGUAGUGUUGAAGGGGGUCGAGUUUACCGAGAGAGAAAAGGGUGUCAAGCCCACCAAAAGGGCACGUAAGAGCCCCACUGCCGCCACCAGCUCGGCCACCACCAGCUCGGUGCCGGUACGCAACUUAAGACCUAGGAAACCCAAGCCGGUUGACUAAUUACACAUACUAGUUAUCUAGAUGACUCACUAAAAACCAUAUCUCAUUCUCAUUUUCUC